AUUCUGGUACACUGGCUGCUCACAGUGUGGGGGUGCAUGAAUUACAGCUUUCCAGCCUCCUAUGCCUGGGGGAACUUCAGUGUCCUGGCCGUGGGGAUCUGGGCCAUUGUGCAGAGGGAUUCCCUGGAUGCCAUCAUGAUGUUCCUGACUGGCCUGCUGCUCACAGUCCUCACAGACAUCAUCCACAUCUCCAUCUUCUACCGUUCACACGACCACUUCAGUGACCUGAAGCGUUUCAGCCUAGGCAUGGCCAUCUUCAGCCUCCUCCUCAAACCCCUCUCCUGCUAUCUGGUGUACCGCAUGUACCGGGAGCGUGGUGGAGAGUAUGCCUUGAACAUAGGUGUCAGCCCUGCCGGCCGGGACCGCAGCGCCUACGAGCCGAUCGACCAGCAGGGAGCUGCUCCACACUGGCCUGACUCCAGCAAGGCAGCCCAGCAGCCAUACUGA